AUGAUCAGCUGCUGUGCGGUCCUUUGCAGGAGCCGAGGGAUCCGAGCAAAGGUUCGGCGGUGGCACCGGCGAGGUCAGCAGACGGUGCAAUGGCACGAGGAGGACCUUCGACAAGAGGGCUGGAGACCUUUGGGCACCUACCACGAUGCCUCUGACCCGGAACAUGGCGAGGCAACCAUCUACAUAAAGGACGACGCCGUGCGAAUUUGCCACAGCAUCUACGGACCCGUCCCUUGCAGCGACGGUGUGAUCUUGCAGCAUGACGAGGACGUCUACGAUGUUCAGAUGGGCGAUAUGCAGGGGCGGAUUGAUGCGAAGGGCUUUCAUUGCAGCGGCUACCUGAAUCCGACAGUCGCUGCCGCUGUGAGCCGACAGCCCAUGACAUCGGCGCCCAUCACCGAGCCCAAGCUCCAGAAGGCGUGUCGCAACCUGGCUGCCAUCUUGGGCCCUGGGGCCUUCAAAAAGGAAGACUACGAGUCUAUCAUGAAUCAAGGGAGCGCCUCAGACGCGCUCCUUUCAGAGAUCAGGGCCAUGGGAGAUGACUACGGGGGGUGGGCCGCCUUCGAAGUAGCCAGUCGGGAGCACGAGGAAAGUUCCGAGCAGCAGAUUUGGGGCAAACGGCUGCUUCGACAGCUUCGCCGGCAGUUCUUCGUUCCCGGUGCUGGCCGUUUCUUUCCCGAGGCUGCUUACCGCAGCUGGCGCCAGCAGCAGAAUGCUCGUCGGCUUCCCACCGUAGCUGAGCUCCGCACGGAAGGUUACAUGCUGAAGCAUUUCGCGAAGCUCGAGACGGAGGCAAAGGACGCUGCAGACUGCAUCCGUGGAGUGCUCCUCACGGGUCCGGAGCAGCUCGUGUCCUACGUGCUGGGGAAUCAUGCCUUCUGGGCGAAGGCUGAGAAUGCUCGGCGGCUGGACGAAGUCGAGGAGGCGACGGAACUGCCAAAGAAGCCGAAGUCCUUGCUUGAGCGCCUCGAGCAGGGGCGAAAGAAGAGGUUGGCUGCAGAGAGGGCGAAACGGGACAAGCCCUUCGAGCACCUGCAGAUGAUACCGCCGCUGCCGGUUCCGGGAGAAGCCUUGGAGUUUCGCGUGCUGUCAAGCGAGGAGCAGGUUCGCGAAGCUGCCGAAAGACUGAAGAACUGCGCGGCCACUUACAUUCCCGAUGUCGUCGCGCAAAAAUGCGCUCUGGUUGGCUUGUUCCAAAAGGAGAAUGGCGACGGCGACAAAGCCUCCAAAAUCGUUGCCAUGGGUCAGCUCUUUGCCAAGGUAUCUGUAUCUGAUGGGAGCAUCGUCACGAGCUGGGGACAACGAAGCCAGAAUAGCAACAAAACUUUGACGAGCAGCCAGGACCAGCAUUUCGAAUGGGCUCUAGAAAACCUUUCGAAGCUGUGGACACAGGCCGUCCAAGACGAGCUAGACGAAGUCUUGCCACGGCAAGCAUCAGGCGAGAGAGUGAUGCGGAAGGUCGCGGAUCAAGUUUCGUCGGCUUUUGAGCGCCUCGGCCUUCUGGGCCGUCAGGUCGUUCUGAGGGAGCUUGCACAGGUCAUCGACGGCGAAGGCUACUCCCCGGAGUGGAGAAGCCUCGCACAAGGCCUCGUGGAACGUGCGCUGGAGUCUCCUGCGACGGGCAUCAUUCCUGACGAGACCAUAGGAAGUUGUCUCGCAAUCGCAGGGAAGGUCCAGGAUUCCAACCUACUUCGAUCUAUCAUGAGCUCGGGGAUGUCGGAAAGGUUGUUCUCUGCAGUACGGGAGCUUAGAAAUUUCUUGGAGCAGGCGAGCAGAAAGGGUGGAGAUCUGACGAUUAACCAGUGGGCGCGCUUGUGGUUGCUGGACCUACCGAUGGACCCCUCGAUCGUGGCUGAGGGGAUGUUCCGCACGUUGCCCGAGAAAGCAGGCGAGCGAAUGAAGCGAAUUGACCAAAUCGUUGGGCGUCUUUUGCAAGCCGGAGCUGGCUCGGGUGUCUUGGGCAGUGUUUUGGACACAGCUCUCCGACUUGACAUAUUCUUGAAGCUUCGGGUGCUGCUUUCUGAUCUGCCAUUCUUGGUCGACGCAUUGACCGAGCCCUUGCUGUCGGCUGCACAGGCGGGCGAUCACUUUCUCGCCAGGAGUAGCAGCUCGAAACUAUUGAAAGCUGGAGUGGCACACGAGCAGACGAAGGCAAUUUUCAAGCAAGCUCUCCAACUUGACAAUAAUGCGAAGCUCACAGUGCUGUUGUCCGACCUGCCAUUCCACGGACCUGAUUUGGUGGAGGCUUUGCGAGAUCCCUUGCUUUCAGCCGCGGAUGCACAUUCCGUGAAGGUCGUGCAGAGCAUCGUUAGACGACUCGUGCGAGCCAACGUGGAAACGACUUGGACAACCGGCAUCCUGGAAGAAGCCGGCAAGCUCAAGUUAUCUGCCCAGCUUAUCUUGCUGCUUUUUUUGGAUCUGCCAUUCGUGGCUUCGCCUUCUGUGCUUGAGGUCCUGUGUCGGCAUCUGUUGUUCUUCGCCAAGCAGGAGAAGGAAUCUGCGAUUGUCAAGCUGAUUGGAUCUAAGCUCUCAGCAUUUGGGAUCAAGCCGGCUGAUGCUGACUCUAUCCUCCGUUCCGGGAGCAUCACGGGAACCAGAGCACAGCUUCGAGUGUUGACAAGUGGGCUUCGCUUUCACUCCGGCACUGUCACAGGAUUGGCUCCAGAAAUGGCAUCGAGCCUGGUUGAAGCAGCAGAGCGGAACGACAUGGAGUUAGUGCAAGAAUCCGAAGGAGUGUUCCAUCAAUGUGGCAUACGAGCUGAGCAUACAUCUUGCUUUUUGGAGCGGGCGUGCCACGCAGGAUGCUACUACUUCAUGGUAGACUCGACUCUGCCUUUCGAGCCAAAAGCAUUAACAUUGAGCCUGGCACAAGCAUACUUGCAACGGCUCGUUGAAGACACAGAUUGUGAGAAUGAUUCAUAUCACUCUGACAUCGAGCCGGCUCUUGACCGGGCAGGGGCAAAUAAGGUUGCAUUUCUGGCCAGCGUGCUGCUCUGUGCUGCGGACAAGCUGCCUCCUGACGCACCUGUGAUCAGAAACUUGUUGGACCGGCUGGUAAAGAUCGGGAUCACCACACCAGUAGCAGAGUUCUUGAUGGAAGAGAUCAGACCGGAGCAUAGGAUGCUUCUGAGCCGGAGGAUACCUUUCUCCAAAUCAUUCUUGGGUCGUGCUGGAAUCAACCGCCACUGA